UAGUCCCAUAAAAUGCACCACCUGAAGUUUUUCCCUCCGCUCUCUCACACUUUCUGACUCUGAAGAAGAGAACAGAGUUGAGGAGAGAAGACAACACAGAGAAUAGAAAAGUAGAAGGACAACCACUACGGGAACGAUGAAACACAUUUUCAAGAAACUGCACUUCGGAAGCAAUCACGACCCCAAUCGGUCGAACGAAGUACCUCCCUCUUUAUCAUCUUCGUGUGCGUCCGAUCAUCGUACAAGUUCAUCCAGCCAACCUCCGCCGAGUCCUUCCUCCUCCGCUUCGUCACCUACUCCGGCCACGGCCGCCGUCGCUCCUUCAGUUAUCGUCGCCGAUCGGCCUGAUUAUUUUUCGUCCGAGGAGGAAUUUCAAGUUCAGUUGGCCCUAGCGAUCAGCGCUUCCAACUCCGAGUUCCGAGAGGAUCCUGAUAAAGAUCAGAUCCGUGCUGCGACACUAUUGAGCUUGGGGCGUCUUCAGAUUGACUCUGGGAGAGAUGAGAGUCAAGCUACCGAGUCUUUGUCGCGUCGAUAUUGGGAUUACAAUGUACUUGACUAUGAGGAAAARGUAGUGGAUGGUUUCUAUGACGUGUAUGGGCUCUCCACUGAGCCUGCAAGCCAAGGAAAGAUUCCUUCACUCACAGAUCUUCAGAGAAACAUUGGGGAUCCUUCUUUUGAAGUUGUUAUAGUCAACCGUGCAAUUGAUCCUGCCUUGGAGGAGUUGGAGCAAGUUGUCCAGUGCAUUGCAUCAGAUUACUCUCCUUCUGAGGUUGGUCUUUUGGUGCAAAAGCUUGCCGACCUUGUUACAGACCACAUGGGUGGGCCGGUAAGGGAUGCUAAUAUCAUGCUGGCAAGGUGGAUGGAAAGAAAUACAGAAUUACGGGCUUCUCUUCAUACAAAUGUGUUGCCUAUUGGGUCCUUGAAUAUUGGUCUAUCACGACACAGGGCUCUGCUUUUCAAGGUAUUAGCAGACAAUGUUGGCAUACCCUGUAGAUUGGUUAAAGGAAGUCAUUACACUGGCAUUGAUGAUGAUGCUGUAAACAUUAUAAAGUUGGAGAAUGAAAGGGAGUUUUUAGUUGACCUCAUGGGAGCCCCUGGAACACUUAUUCCAGCUGAUAUUCUGAGUGUGAAGGAUGCUUCCUUUAACUCAUAUACUCCAAGACCAAGUGAAACCCCAACUUUUCGUCCAGUUAAUGAAUUGGGAGUUGAGUACUCAAGACCAGAGCCAUCACGUGGUGACUAUAAAGAUGGUAAUAGGAAAUCUGUUGCUGAGAAUAAUAUAACAGUAGGUAGUAAACCAAGUCUGCAAGAAACAGUGGCAAUACCUUCUUUCUCAGGUGCAAGUAGUGGAGUUCUGCCUACCAAAAUUGGGAACAAUUCUGCUGGAACAUCCAAGAGUGUGAUUCCUGAUAGACAAUCACAUUAUGCUUCAUCUUCUACAGGUGUAACUUCUUCCCAGAACAAAGGAGCUCGUGGUGGCCUUGUUCUUGGUGAUAAUAUGAAGGAUCAUCUUAAUGUAAUGCCAUAUUCUCAAGAUACCAUUGAAGACUCAAGAAAUCUGUUUGCAGAUCUUAAUCCAUUUCAAAUAAUUGGAUCUCACAAGAUUUCUGCUCAGAACAAACCUGCAGAAAAUAAAGUUAAUGACUACCAGAAAAGGAGAGAAAACUUUGCCUCAGGUCCUGGAAGACCACCUUUGCCGUUGAUGUGGAAGAAUCGUUCUGCAUGCAAUGAGGUACCCAGGGCAAAGCAGUAUGAGUUUGUGGAAGGAUUAUUUCCAAGGAAAAAUCAAGAAGCUAAAGAUUAUAGUGCAUCGUCAUUAGCUUCAUCCAGCUCUGCUACUUUGGAAAAGGUCCGACCUAAUAUCCCUAAAAUGAAUGUUUCUGGGGUCUCUGGAGUUUCUUGUUCUGCCAGUACAAGCAAUAUUGGUGAGGCUUCUUCCAGCAAUGAUAAUUCCCAGUUGGCAUUAAGCUCAAAUAAAUACAAUAGGCUACCCUCUGAAGAAGGUGGCAAUCAAGCAGAUAGGCCAUUGACAUCAAUUCAAUCUCCAGAGAAAAAUAAUAAGAAAGAGUAUGAUCACAGAGAUGGGGAGGCUUUGCAAACUCAGGUAAAUGGGACAGAUGAAGACAGAAAAGAUGGUAUUGGCAAGCAUGAUCCUAGAAAGUGUAUUCAUGAUCGAUUUUUGGGUAGCACUAAUCUAAAAUUGAAGGAUCAAGAUAGUUCAAGCUCACUGUUUGAUGCCCACCCAAGUAGGUUGGAUCCAAUGCUAGAUGAUGUAGCAGAGUGGGAAAUUCCAUGGGAAGAUCUUGUCAUUGGUGAAAGGAUUGGACUAGGUUCAUACGGGGAAGUGUAUCAUGCUGAUUGGAAUGGCACAGAGGUAGCUGUGAAGAAGUUUUUAGACCAGGAUUUCUCAGGCGAUGCUUUGGAUGAAUUCAGAAGUGAAGUACGAAUCAUGCGCAGGUUACGCCAUCCAAAUGUUGUUCUUUUCAUGGGUGCUGUGACUCGCCCACCUAAUCUCUCUAUUGUCACCGAGUUUCUUCCUAGGGGAAGCUUAUACCGUAUUCUUCAUCGUCCUAAUUGUCAAAUUGACGAGAAGCGCAGAAUAAAAAUGGCUCUUGAUGUGGCUAAGGGUAUGAAUUGCUUGCACACUAGCACACCAACAAUUGUCCACCGUGAUCUGAAGUCACCAAAUUUAUUGGUUGAUAAGAAUUGGAAUGUAAAGGUAAGUGAUUUUGGGCUGUCACGCUUGAAGCAUAAUACAUUUUUGUCAUCCAAAUCCACUGCUGGAACGCCAGAAUGGAUGGCACCAGAAGUACUCCGCAAUGAACCAUCCAAUGAGAAGUGUGAUGUCUAUAGCUUUGGAGUCAUUUUGUGGGAGCUUGCAACAUUGAGAAUGCCUUGGAGUGGGAUGAAUCCAAUGCAGGUGGUGGGUGCAGUUGGGUUCCAGAACCGCCGGCUUGACAUCCCAAAAGAAGUUGAUCCCUUGGUUGCUAGAAUAAUUUGGGAAUGUUGGCAGACUGAGCCAAACUUGCGCCCCUCAUUUGCACAGCUCACAUCAGCUCUCAAGUCCUUGCAGCAGCUUGUCGUCCCUUCCCCUCCAGACCAGCAAAGUGCUCCUUUGCCCCAGGAGAUUUCAGUAAAUUCAACAUCAUUAAGUAGCGUUUCAGCUUCUCAAAUGUGAAUAUAAAUGAAAAUAAGCUGUUGCUUUUUUGUAUGGUGAGGGUAAAUAACUGGAAAAAAUUAUUUUGGCUUUGGAUUGGUGUUGGGUCAAUUAUAUCAUUGUAUGUAUUUGCUGCUGCUGCAUCUAAAGACCGCAGCAGCAAUUUUUGUACAGGGAAUCGGGAAUGCCCAUUGUUCCAUUCCGGGAAGACAAACUGUGGUCUAUAUGUCUAUAUGCUUUGUAGAGGGGAAAAGUCAUCAAACAUUCAUACUUAUAAUCCCAUGGUGUAAUUUCAAUACAAAGUUCCGUUUGCAGUUUCAUGUAA